CUAAAACGAACUGUCAAACGAAACUUAUCAUUAUUGCUUUUUGGCAGUCCUUCGAGUUUUCUAGUGUAUUGGUGUUUAUUUAAUUUAUAAAUAUAUCAAAAGGAAACAAAUAAUUGAAUAUCCAUAGCAUGUUUAGCUAUGCUAGGUCAUUAUAUAUUUAAAAGUAUUAAAAAUGUGGGUAAAACCUCAAGAAAUAUUUUUGAAGACCCCUUUGUGGGAUAAUGAUGAAACUACACUGUAUUUCGUUCUGCAAAGAAGAAAAGGACAUGGAAAAUCGAAAGGACUUUCGUCGCUUCUAGUGGGUACAUUAGAUAGUGUACGCGAUACGAAGCCAGCUCCUUUCAGAAUAUUACAUCAAACGCCUAAUUCUGAAAUCUACUAUGUCAUCGCAACAGCAUUAACCGAGCAAGAGAUAAGACAAGAUUGGCAGUGGCUAUUUGAUAAUGUAAGCGCAACUUUGCAUUCAUUCGAUUCUGAAGAAGAAAUAACAAAAUUUGUCUGUUGCAAAAUCAACUCUAUUAUUGCUACGGAGCAAGAAAAUUUUACUGAAGAUGAAGAUACCAUCACAUAUAAAAAUGUUGUCUAUGAAUUUCAUCAACGAUUCGCAAUGCCAAAGGAUGAAAAAUUGGUCUGUUAUUAUUCUUGCAGUUAUUGGAAGGGUAAAAUGCCUCGUCAAGGUUGGAUGUAUCUUUCCGUUCACUACAUGUGCUUCUAUUCGUACAUAUUUGGUCGCAAGACUGCACUGAAGAUACGUUGGGCGGAUGUCACUGAGCUCGCUAAAACAAACAGCUUACUAUUCCCCGAUUCAAUUAAAAUGGUAACGAGGGAUGGUGAACAUUAUUUUACUAUGUUUUUAAAGAAGAACGAAACAUUUGCACUUAUGCAGCAAUUGGCAAAUAUUGCAAUGAAACAGUUAAUUGAUGAUAAGUCUGGUUCGUUUAACAUUGACAAAGAUUUGCUAACUAAGUUGAGUAAAAAUGUACCCAAAAAGCCGUCUUUUCUUAAACGCGAUUUAGACGCAAGGAAACAGUCGAAUUUAUACACGUUACGUUUUCGUUUGCCUCACACGGAAAAGUUGGAUGGAACUGAGGAAUGUACGCUGUGGACGCCGUAUAAUAAACGACAUAACUGGGGAAGAUUGUAUUUGUCACAGAAUUUCAUUUGUUUCGACAGCCGAGUACGUCAUCUUGUCCGCGUAACUAUACCACUCCGUAACGUCCACCAAGUGGAACGUGCAGAUUCAGGCGGCACGGGGAGUUCGGGAGAUUCAGGCAACAUCCUCAUCACAACCGCCCAUCACACCAGCUUCCUCUUCGGGAACAUAUCCGACAGGGACUUCCUCGUUCACAAGAUGUCGGAGCUGCUCGCUAAAUUGCCAAAUGAUGUGUACAGGGAGAAGCAGAACGCGCGCGAAGAAGAAAACUGGACGCCUCAACCUCCUCUCAUGAUACUGUUCCGCACUCACCAGACCUCGACGAUCAAGCAGAUACAGCAGAAGAAGGAAAAGCAGUGGGAGGAUCAUAUGGCUGAAGUCGGCCGCGGCGUCAGCAUGUAUCGGACCACCGAAGGAAGCGAGCUGGUCGUUAACGGUAUCCCGGAAUCUCUUCGUGGCGAACUGUGGAGUGUGUUCUCAGGGUCUAUCUUACAAAAAGCUCAGAACAAAGGUCUUUACGAAAGAUUGGUGAACGAGGCCUUGUCAUCGAAAAAUCAAGCGAAUGACGAAAUAGAGAGGGACUUGCAUCGCUCCCUGCCCGAGCAUCCCGCUUUCCAGAACGAUGUUGGUAUAUCAGCAUUGCGCCGCGUGCUCUGCGCAUACGCGCUGAAGAAUCCCACCAUCGGGUACUGCCAGGCGAUGAACAUCGUGGCCUCCGUGCUGCUCAUCUACUGUCCAGAGGAGCAGGCCUUCUGGCUGCUGGCCACCAUCUGCGAGACCUUGCUGCCGGACUACUACAAUACUAGGGUCGUAGGGGCGCUGGUCGAUCAAGGCGUUUUAGAAGAACUUACAAAGGCUCACCUCCCUGAACUUCACGCUAAAUUAGACGAACUGGGGGUGAUGAAAAUGAUAUCCCUGUCGUGGUUCCUGACUCUCUUCAUCAGCGUGAUGCCUUACGAGUGUGCGGUCAAUGUGAUGGACUGUUUCUUUUAUGACGGCGCUAAAGUCAUAUUCCAGGUGACCCUCACGAUUCUGGAUAUAAACCGAGAGAAACUACUGAAGUGUACAGAGGACGGGCAAGCGAUGCAGAUCUUAAGUGACUAUCUUGAAGGCAUUUACAACGAGGAGGCAAUGGCCUUGUCCACCGAACCUCGAACUGCACAGAAGACUAUAAAAAUUCAAGAACUCGUGUACCAGUCGUACCGCUCAUACGGCGCCAGCGUCAGCGGAGAGACCAUCGAGCACCUGCGACUAAGACACCGCCUGCGGGUCGUGCGGCAGCUGGAGGACAGCCUGGAGCGGAACACCCUACGAGCUCUACAGCAAGAUCGCUUAUUGGAGCCCGACGAGCUUCAGGAACUCCUAAGCGUAAUCCGCGAAGAGCUGUUUUGGGCCAAGCGCGUCCCGUGCGAGCGGCUCGAGGCUCCGUACGAGGCCUACAGGCUCGACUACGGCCAGUUCAAGACGCUGUUCACGGCCCUGUCGCCCUGGGCCAAGGGAGACUACGCAGAGGCUAUAACCGCUAGGAUGUUCAAGCUGAUGGACCACGACGAGGACGGGCUGGUGAGCGCGCGCGGGCUGAGCGUGGCGCUCGGCGUGAGCGCGCGCGCCGACGCGCAGCGCCGCCUGCGCACGCUGUACUGCGCGCACGCGCCGCCGCUGCUGUCGGCGCUCGACCUGCGCGCCGCGCGCUACACCGACACGGGCGAGGAGCUGGCCGCCGACGCCUUGUCCUUCUUCGACAGUGUAGAGAAUCCAUCCACACCGGAGCCGGCGUUGCAGCGGUCCAUAAGCGAAGUGUGCGGCGAGGGGAACCCGAUGGAUAAAUCUAUCGACAGUGCUUACGGUCAAAGCGAAAGCGCGUCGAGCGCGGAGUGGGUGCGCGCGUGCGCGCUGGCGGGGCUGCCGUCGCCGGGCGCGGGCACGCCCAGCACGCCGCCGCCCGCGCGCUCGCCGCCGCCGCUGCCGCGCGCGCACUUCCUGCGCCUGCUGGCCGCGCUGCACGACCUCACGCAUCACUCCACGCCCCUGUACGAGGCCGUCGCCAGGGCCGGUACAUUACUCCUACAACUGGGAGAACUUAACGGCCAUCGACCUGCCUUGGACCGAGAAGUGUCCCAAGACAGCCUUUUCCUGGCCGCCGCUGCGCAACCUACCAUUGAGGUUGAUCCCAAUGGUAAUAAUCCUGAGAUCACCGAAGACAGGAGACCCAUCCAGCCAUCACCUUCAAAGGAAAGUGAUCCUUCCGAUGAAGACACAUGGUCCAUAACACUAGAACAAUUUCUAGCUACAAUGUUAGCUGAGGCAUCACUAGAGGAGUUCUUCAAUAAGCAAGUACCUCUAAUGCCCUUUUUGGAAGCACUUAGGCAACGAGAUAGGUUGCAUUCAGUCUCAUAGUUCAUAGCUACGCUUGAUUGAUACGAAAUUUAAAGGUAAGAGCUAAGCUUUUGUAAUUGUAUAGUAUAUAUAAAAAUCCUGUAAUAAAAAGUUGUCCUAAAUUAGAACAUUCAAAUAGAUGGCUAAUCAGUGUUUUUAAAUCAAAAAUCAAGAAACAUGUUGAAAGUAUACAAAAUCCUCGUGUCUCCAAUACCCCAGGACAUACUAUUUAUAACAUAAACUUAUAAUCUAAAAAAAUAGAGCUUAGACAAAAAAUUAUUUUUUUCUAUACAUAUGACAUAAAAAAAAAACUCAGAAUGAAUUUAAAAAGUUAUUUGCACAACCCUUGAGCUUUCAAUUAUUAAAUUAAAAAUAUUAUCAAGUCUUUAAUUGUUUUGUUUAUAGUUUUCAAUAAAUUUUCUAUUCUUAUUUGAUUUUUUAGCUUUGCCGAAAAUUAUGUCAUUGUUAUAAACUACAGCAUGUUACUUUAAAAAAUUAAAGUUAAAAAUUGUAAUAAAAUAAUUUGUUAAAAUACAUGUAUAAUUAUGUUGUGUAUAAUUAUUUAUAAGUUAAUUUGCAUUAAGUUUAGUAUAUAAAGCACUUUAGAAAUAAUUAGUAUAAACUUCCAAAUAAAACAUUCCAAAAUAUCAAUUAUUAUUAUUAUUAUUAAUAAUAAAUUCAUAUAAUUUGUUUUAUUUUUUAUGAGAGAAGACUAACAAAAAUUUAGAAAUCCACAUUACCUAUAUAAAGUUAAGCAUAGCCAUAUUAAUAUAAGUUAAUUUAAGUAAAAAAAAAAUAAAAACAUUAACCAAAUGAAUUAUUUCUUAGUUCUAAUUUGCAAUAAUUACAUAAAUAUUGUGUAAAAUAAUAAUAACACUAAGACGAAAUCGAAAACAUUACGCAAAUGAGUACAAACAACUUUUGAAAAUGUUAACAAUAGGAAAGAAUCGUACUUUCAUAGGAAUUUACGCAUUACUAAUAAUGCUUCAUGUACGUAAUAAAUGGUGCUUCUCAAUAAAUUAGGCUUUUCUCAAAACUAAAUCAUAUAAAAAAUAGUAAAAUAAAAUUGCUAUAGCAUACUAUAGUCACAGUAUAAUGUAUGCUUUAUAUAUUUUUAUAGGCUUGGAGUUUUAUAAAACCAUAUAAUUUAGAUAUACUUGUUAGACAAUGCUACUAUAUACUUGAUUAUUGGACGAAAUUUAAUGGCUUCCACAUUAUAACAAUCGAAACGAAUCAAAUAAAGAAUAAAUAUAAUCUUAUAAUUAGUGGAAAAUUGUUACUUAAAUAUAAUCUUUCACGAGACAAUACGCGUCGCUUUUAGCUUUAUAAAAUCCAUCGCAUUAUGCUUUGCCAAUCAAUAAAUAAAAUACGGGUCCAUUAAAUAUAAACGCGAUAUAAAAGUGGAUUCGCAAUUCUAAUUUUUUAGAAAUAUAAACCGAAUGUGUUAAGUUAUUUUUUUAUUGUUCAUAGCGCGUGCGAUGGACGCUCUAUAAAUAAUAAAUAUUCUAAUAUUUCACUCGGUAUCUCCACGUAAAAGAAUUAAAACUAUUAGAUAUGUUUCAUUUCCGCCGCGAAAUGUGAAACAAGUCGCACCCAAAGAAGUAUAAUUUAAAAACAUCCUAAAACUACUAAGAAAGUACCUAAUAGUUAUAUGUUUAUGCAAAAAAUGUUUUAUAUUCAAUCGAUACAAAACAAUAUGAUUGUUUGAAGUCAAUUUUGUAUUGUUUUAUCUGUAAUUUAUAGGUUAUAAGUUUUUGUGCAUAUUAUUACAACUUAAAUUAUAAUAUGUUAACUGCAAAGAAAAAAAAAUAUAUAGUUAAAGUAAACGCCUUACUAAUAAAAACUGUAAGUACAUCUCUCUGUGUUUAAAUGAUGCCAGUAAGAGAGACAAUCACUGCUAUUUACAAUAUUUAUUAGUAAUGUAAUAAAAUCAUUGGAAAAACCAUAAAAAAAUAAUAUUUUUUUUUUUUUAUUAAGUAUCGACUACAUGAUAUGAGUAAUUUAAAUCAAUGUCACACAUACCAUCAAAACAAUUAAUAAAGUCUUGUUACUGUAUCAAGAUAAGGCAAAUUAAUCGAAAUCAAAGCAAUUAUUUUGAUGUAAAUAUAUCUUUUCUUUAUUUCCCUAUGUAUUAUAAUCCAACUGCACAACUGUUAUUAUUUUUCUGUAAUUGUACACAUAAUAUGUACCUUCUUUAAUAAAACACAUUUUAUUCAAAA